GGCCAUUCCAUUGAACGUGCACCGGAUGACCGACGUCAGCGUUGGGAGGCUGCUCGAAGAAGUGGACUUGAGCUUUCCAGACCGCAAUGACACGCUUCUCCCAACCGACCGAAGCAAAGCAGCGAAUCCACGCAGUUUUGACGGCAAGAUCCGCGUCCUGCCAAAGACAUCCUUAGAGCUUGGUGGGAAUGCACUCCCAACUCUCCAUCAGUUCUUUCCAGCUUGGGAAGUUCAAGCGUAUGCGCGUUUUGCACAGAUUAAGCUGCACAUGGUGAACGCCCGAUACCCGGAGUACGAGGCAACAGGGAUGUUGCCGCAAUUGAACGACGGCCACUUCCUCGUUCCCACGGGAGAUAUCAUUCUGCAUCUUCAAACGUACUACAAGGACCUGGAUGCAAACUUGUCGGACAAGCAGCGCGCCGAAUCUGUCGCGUUCCGUGCCAUUGUACAAGAAAAACUCGCUCGGGUCUUGGACUACUGUCAAUGGGUGGACCCCAUCACGUACAGCGAAGUGACGCGUCCGGCCGUGCAGCGCGUGAUGCCGUUCCCCCUCAACCGCAUCGUCCCAAAGCUCCUCCACGCCCGCCACACUGCAGCAUUCCACGCCUCAUCGUCUCUCUUGUCCAAGGAGCACGUUUACCUCACCGCGCGGGACUCGUACGUUGCGCUCAAUUCGUUCUUGGAAGAGUCGGCGAAUCGUGGCUCCUUCUUCUUCGGCGACGAGCCGUCGGCACUGGAUGCCGUUGUGUUUGGCCACGUCGUUGAUGCCCUGAGCGACGGUCAACUGCGCGAAGUCAUUGCUAUCCAUGGCCCGCGCCUCGUGCAAUUUGCAACGCAUGUCCGCGACGUCUACUUUGAUUCGGCUGCACAUGCUGCGCUAUGUAGCCAAAACACCCCGAAUGCGUUUGCGAACCUCGACGCGGCUUUUCUCACCGGUGAUUUCAACCUUGUGCCGCAUGCGGCGUACGUCGCGCCGUUCCACAGUCUCAGCUGGAGCCAGCGGGAAGUUGUCAAGGCAUCGCAGGCCGCUGCCGACCCGUCGACGGCACACGACGCCGUCGUCACGUAUGACAAGAGCACGCGCAACGUCUUGCUCGGCGGGUUCCUCGCCAUUCUCUUGUACGGCCUGUCGCAGCUAUCAAUUUCGAUCGAAGACGACGAUGACGACUUUGACGACGACGAUGCCCUGGAUGACGACUGACAUUGAACAUACCAAAUCAAACUACACUCGACAAUUACGUUCCCUUUGCGCCUUUUUUACUCGACCGGUGGCAGCGCGACGACGAUGUGGCGAGCGCCCGAACUACUCCUGAACGCGCCGUCGUCGGGAUCUUCGUCUGGCGAGUCGUCGAUCGCGUGGUGAUGAGCCGCAAGAUGGUGGUUCGAAUGGUCGUGUUGACCCGAGUCCUCCAUGUCUUCGGCGUACCGAGACGCCACGUGGUGGUCCAUGUCAUCUUGGUCAAUGUAUGCCGCCGCACUUGGCGCAGCGUCCUCUGCCAGCGAUCCAUCGCCGGACGCAGCUGCCGCGUCCUUCCAUCCGUUCUGCAUGAUCGCUUGUCGUUUCUGUCGUUCGCUGUUGGCCUCCAACUCCUUGGUAAGCAUCGCUUGGCCAGGCGACGCGGCGGGAGAGAGCGUCGGUCCGGCGCGCUCCCGUUCUUGUACCAUGAGGCGCAGUCGCUGUUGGUGGAAGAGUUCGUAGUCGGCCGAUGCUUCAUUCGGGACGAGGGCCGAUCGGGGGACAUGAGAAGUGCCCCAUUCCUCUCUUGCCGCCGCGGCCGCGUGCAAGCGAUACGACGACGGCAACGCAUGGACCGAAGGUGGAAGGUGCGAUGGGUGGAGAUACCGAGCCGGUGGUUGAAGCUGGUGGUGCAGCCCGGGCGGAAGUGUCGGGUGCGCCGAUGGACCAGAAGCAGGGUACGCUGGAUCGUAGGGGUGGUUUGGAUGUUGCAUAGGGUACGGUGGUGGCGGCAUGGAGAACGGCAUUCGAGGAUACGAAGGCGACUUGUACACGGAUGUGGAAGGCGGAUGGAAUUGCUGAGUGUGAACAAAAGGGGGAUUGCUAGACAGCGGCUGCCGCAGGUCGUGCCGGGGGCCACUGUACGAGCUGAAUGGUGGGUGGGGCGUCCCUGGUGGACGCGAGUGCUGCUAUGACUCGAGUGAGCUCCCACCGACAUCGCGUUUGACAAAUUACCUCGUGCAAAAAGUCGGCAGUGGGCGGGCGCAUGCUGCUAGUCUGUCCUGUCGGUGCCGCUGGGUACGUUGGGUGAUGGGGCACCGUCGAGUCAGGCGGUUGUCGUAAAUGUGUGGUGGUAGGGACAGGUGGCGCGGAGGAGGCCAUGGGUGGGUGGUGGUGCGAUGGUUGCGUCGACGAGGCUUUGAUCUGACUCGGGGGUGGUUUGACGGGUGCUGACCGCGCCUUGGCGACGACUUGUGGCUGCAGUUUGUCGAGCGCUUUGGUGGACAAUGGUUUGGCCUGCGAUGGAUCGUCCACGUCAUCCGAGACGCUGUCAUCGUCGUCUUCGUUCCCACGGGAGCUUCGACGCGUCCGCAUGAGCGACUUCCACCGAAUCUUGACGGCAUCUUCGGUCCGGCCCUGUCGCGUUAUGUCAGAUGCCAACGGGAAGCCGUCCUCGAACGUACGGAAAGCUGUUGUGCGAUCACGCUCCAUCGGUUCCCGAGCUUGGCUUGCAUGUCCACGAUCAGCUGGUCUUCUUCCCGCGUGUAGUUCCUGCAGGGGGCACCCAUUUCAAUCGUUUAGAUCGAGGUC